AUGAAAUUUUCCACGAAUGUAGACCUAUUGAUACUUAAUGAUUUUAGAUAUAAAGGCAUUGCUGGAAAUUUCUGGGAACGGAAUAAAUGGUUUAUAAAAAAUAUGACCAGAAAUGCUAAGUCAGCAUUUUAAAUUUUUUAUGUAAUUGCUAUUUCGCGAACAAUAUUCUGGAGUAUGAUAGACAUAUUACUCAAUUACAUGCGGUAGACAAAGUACAUAUGAUGCGAAGUGAUAUUAGAAUAAUAUUCAGUAGUCAAUUUUUGAUUAAUUAAUAAUAUUAUAUCAAAAUAACUUAAUAUUACAAAUAAUGGUUAAACUUGGCAAUUAUAUAAGUAUGGUCUUCUAUCCAAUAAAAAAAUACUACCCCUCAUGUUUAUAGUUAAGACUCUAAUAAAAUUCUAUUGUCUUUGGUACUGUUGCUGCAUAAAACCAAAUCAUUUAAGACAAAUAAAUUAUUUGGAGUGAGGUUAUCUCUUAGAGGCCUGGGUUCUAGUGUACAAACUGUCAUGGCGGAGGUCAACUUACAGUGUUUUUAGAGACGACAUUAUCCGAUGUUUAAGGUAAGAAUUGAAAUAAGUAGUCGAGAAUAAUUUAUUAGAAAAGACUGUAAUUAUUAGAAAAGAUUUAGCCUCAAAUUUAUCGCAAUUGCAUGAGUUACAAGCAAAUCCCUUUGGCUUUGAUAUAAAUGAACUUGACGAUGGUAGUGGAAUUGCAACUUUGACUGUUAAUAAAGCUUGCUGGCACAAAUCAUGUCGAAACAAGAUCAACACUGCAGAAGUUAAGAGGGUCGCUAAAAGAAAAGAAGACAAGGACGAAGACAAUGAUUCAAUAAAAUCGGUAGCUAAAAUGAGAAGUUUAACAGAAGAUAAAUCAAUAUUCGAGAGUGGGUGUUUUUUCUGUGACAAACCUGGCGGCAACCUACGCAGAGCAUCGACCUUAGAGGUUGACACAAAGGUAAGAAAGUAUGCCACCAAGCUCAAUGACACUAGCCUACUUACGAAAUUAGCUGCAGGUGAUAUGGUGGCAAUUGAUGCUAUCUAUCACACUAAGUGCAUUGUUGCGUUUUAUAAUCGCGUCAGGUGGAAUCACAGUAAAACUAAUGAAGAACAAGAGAACUCUAGGUUACACGCCAUUGCUUUUGCUGAACUUGGUUGUACAUAG